UUGGUCGCCGCAUUCCCGCUCUCCUUCCCGAACCGCCAUUUUGAAAAUCUUGUUGAUUCUAGGAAGCCGAGCGCGCGGCGUGAGCGUCACGCCAGACAGCGGACCGCGCGCCCUCUCCUCGGCGUCGGCCGCCGCCGCCUUUUAGAACCUCCUCGUGCCCUCGCACGCCAGACCCGCGGCGGCCGGAACCCGCGGUUCACAGCAUGUCUGCCUCGGCCCCUGCGGACGGAGAGGGAACCCCCGCCGAGCCCGCGUCCGAGAAGGAACCCGAAAUGCCCGGUCCCAGAGAGGAGAGCGAGGAGGAAGAGGACGAGGACGACGACGAGGAGGAGGAGGAGGAGGAGGAAAAAGAAAAGAGUCUCAUCGUUGAAGGCAAGAGGGAAAAGAAAAAAGUGGAGAGGUUGACAAUGCAAGUCUCUUCCUUACAAAGAGAGCCAUUUACAAUUGCACAAGGAAAGGGGCAGAAACUUUGUGAAAUUGAGAGGAUACAUUUUUUUCUAAGUAAGAAGAAAACUGAUGAACUUAGAAAUCUACACAAACUGCUUUACAACAGGCCGGGCACUGUGUCCUCAUUAAAGAAGAAUGUGGGUCAGUUCAGUGGCUUUCCAUUUGAAAAAGGAAGUGUCCAGUAUAAAAAAAAGGAAGAAAUGUUGAAAAAAUUUAGAAAUGCCAUGUUAAAGAGCAUCUGUGAGGUUCUUGAUUUGGAGAGAUCAGGUGUAAAUAGUGAACUAGUGAAGAGGAUCUUGAAUUUCUUAAUGCAUCCAAAGCCUUCUGGCAAACCAUUGCCAAAAUCUAAAAAAACUUCUAGCAAAGGCAGUAAAAAGGAACGGAACAGUUCUGGAAUGGCAAGGAAGGCUAAGCGAACUAAAUGUCCUGAAAUUCUGUCAGAUGAAUCUAGUAGUGAUGAAGAUGAAAAGAAAAACAAGGAAGAGUCUUCAGAUGAUGAAGAUAAAGAAAGUGAAGAGGAGCCACCAAAAAAGACAGCUAAAAGAGAAAAACCUAAACAGAAAGCUACUCCUAAAAGUAAAAAAUCUGUGAAAAGUGCUAAUGUUAAGAAAGCAGAUAGCAGCACCACCAAGAAGAAUCAGAACAGUUCCAAAAAAGAAAGUGAAUCUGAGGAUAGUUCAGAUGAUGAACCUUUAAUUAAAAAGUUGAAGAAACCCCCUACAGACGAAGAGUUAAAGGAAACAAUAAAGAAAUUACUGGCCAGUGCUAACUUGGAAGAAGUCACAAUGAAACAGAUUUGCAAAAAGGUCUAUGAAAAUUAUCCUGCUUAUGAUUUAACUGAAAGAAAAGAUUUCAUAAAAACAACUGUAAAAGAGCUAAUUUCUUGAGGUAAGAGGACAGAGAAGAUGACUCGUUCUCAUAGAUUUGAAGAUCGGAUUUAUACCAUUAUACCAGCAAAGAGAAUGUAUUUCCUUUUCUAAAUCUUGUUAAGCAAUGUUAGUAGAACUUACUGCUGACCUUUUUAUCUUGAGUGUUGAUGUGAAUUUGAGUUUGCUGUUUUAAAUUGCAUUUCUAUGCCAUUUUUAGUUUGAAAUCUUGCAUGGCAUUAAUUAUUACUUGCUUUUAUAGGUGUAUUUUGUAAAUUUUGGAUUUCUUUAUAUAAGGUCAUCAUAGAUUCUUGAACUGUUGUGGUUUUUAGUGCACUUAACAUUAGCUUGCUUAAGACAUACUUUUAAAUCAAGUAGAACAAAAACUAUUAUGACUGGCAUUUAUACACACAGAUACUGCAUUUAUACACACAGAUACUGCAGUAUUUAGUAUAUGAAAUAUUUUGAAUACACAUCGUCAUGUGAAAAUUCAAUGGCAGUGUGUUCAUCAUAUUAAAAAUAUACAAGCAACAGUUGUCCAGAUGACUGAAUUGGAAGUUUUCUCUUGCAUGUGUAUAUAUGUCAAAUUGUCAGCAUGACAAAAGUGACAGAUGUUAUUUUUGUAUUUUUAAAAACCAAUUUGUUGUAUAUAGUUUUUUUAUUUCUUUUGUGCAGAUCACUUUUUAAACUCACAUAGGUAGGUAUCCUUAGAGUUGUAGACUACGGUAGACUAUGGAACGUCAGUGUUCAGCUAGACAGUAUGAUGGAGCAGUGAAAGUCAAUUCAGUGAUGGGAACACUGAAGGAAUAGACAGUUCUCCUGCUUUGCCUCCCAAGUGUCAUCAAUUUGUAACUUUAGUAUUAACUCUGUAAAAGUGUCUGUAAGUACAUUUUAUAUUAAGGACAGACCAAAAAUCAACACAUCAAAGCUUCAAAAACUUUGGGAAAUGGUGGGGUUAUGUACAAGCACAUUUGGCUUAAAUGAACCAAUUUUUAUUAACUGCUUUUGCCCAUAUAAAAUGCUGAUAUUUACUGGAAUCCUAGCCACCUUCAUAAUUAGGAAUAAAGUACCAGAUAAUAAUGCUAGAAUAUAAUGUUGCAGGCAGUGGUGGAUAUCUCUUACAAAGGGUGUUUCAAACAUGAUCAUGUACUUCUACAUCAAAGACGUUAGUGUGUUUCUGGAGUUGGGGCUCUUGGCUUUUAAAGUUUGGCUAAUCAGGAUUCUAGAUUAUCAAUAUAAUGGACCACUCCUGAAUGACACUGACUUUGUCUUUCAAAUUUGGUGUCUUAAAUCAGUUUAUUAAAUCUGAAUUUUAAAACA